AUGGCUCUCUUGGGUGUGUUCAAGCGGCGCAGAGAUGUCCAAGAGGACGCGGUCACAGUAGUUGCGGCGGAUAGUACCCAGGUUGAACCAGGAUCCAAAGCUGAGGUGACUGACACCAUUCUACCCGAUGAAGAGAAAGUUCAUAUCCAAAGCGAGACUUUGGCAAUUGAAAAGGAGGGUCUUGAUGAUCCGGAAAUUGCUGCAUUGCCCUUACAAGUACGCCAAUUAAUCAACUUGACCGAUGACCCGACAUUGCCUACCAUCACCUUUCGAUACUUCGUUCUUUCGGCCCUCUUCGUGAUUCCCGGCGCUUUCUUAUCCCAAAUGAGUUACUUCCGUACCACCAGCGCGCCUUAUUCCGUCUUCUUCGUCCAGAUCGCCUGUCAUUAUGCUGGUCACUUUCUCGCUAGAACCCUUCCGGCAUGGAAUGUCGGAGCGCCAGGAACUCGCUUCUCCUUCAACUUGAACCCUGGCCCAUGGAGCAUCAAGGAACAUGUGCUAGUUACCGUCACUGCAGCAUCGGGAGCAACAUAUAACAUGGGUUAUACCCCAAUUGUCUUAGCAGAGCUUUGGUACGGGACAAAGAUUAAUCCUGCUGUUGCCAUCUUCUUCAUGUGGGCUAUUGUAUGGACUGGAUAUGCAUUCGCCGCUCUUGCUCGCAACAUCCUUUUGCCUGAUCCGGAGUAUCUCUGGCCGAAAGCUCUAAUGCAAACGACUUUAUUCGAGACUUUUCGAAAGCAAGACGCCUCGUCACCUAUCGCCAAACGACAAAUGAAGGUCUUCUUCUUUGCAUUCUUGGGGAUGACCCUCUGGCAGUUCCUCCCAGAAUACGUCUUCCCAUUUUUCUCAUCCUUGGCUUUUCUGUGCUGGGUUGCACCGCGAAAUCCAGUGGCUAAUUUCAUUGGAUCGGGUCUUGGGGGUAUGGGAUUUUUGAAUCUGUCACUGGAUUGGUCAAAUAUCAACUGGAACGGCUCUUCCAUCAUGCUUACUCCUUUCUGGACCCAAGUCAUUCUAUUCUUGGCUUUUGCUUUUAACUGUUGGGUUUUGAUCCCCGCCGGGAAAUGGGGCAAGCUGGGCUCAUAUAAACAUGGCAUGAUGUCCAAUAGUCUUAUGUUGGCCAACGGGACAGAGUAUCCGACACUGGACGUGUUGACUUCGGACUAUCACUUGAACGAAACAGCUUAUGAGCACUAUGGACCUAUGUACAUGGGGCUACAAAAUGUGUGGGCGACAUUCUUCGACUACGCUAAAUUGCCAGCUGCGAUCACCUGGAUUGCAACCUUCGGAUACGUUCAAAUUAAGAACAAUCUUACCAAGAUUUUCCGUGGUAAUAAAGAAUCUGAAUCUUCGCAGGGUGGAAUUCACCAUCAGUAUCAUGACCGGCUCAAUGUCAUUCAGAGACAAUACAAAGAGAUCCCCUUGUGGUGGUACGGUCUUUUGUUUCUGGUUGCAUUUAUCAUCCUCGUGGCCUGCAUUGCGACUGGAAACCUUUUUAUUCCUAUCUGGACUCUUUUCGUGGCUUUAGCUAGUGCUGCUAUCUUUGUCAUUCCAUUCGCAUGGCUAUAUGCCAUUUCCAACUAUCAAUUGGAGACUGGUUCAUUCAACGAGCUGAUGUACGGAUACAUGGUACACACUAAAGCCGGCUCCGGCCACCAGCAUCCAUGCGGUCCCUCAGUUUACGGCUCGAUCGCCGGUGAUGCUUGGUAUCGGGCUCAGUACAUGUUGCAAGACCAGAAGAUUGGUUAUUACAUGCACAUUCCACCACGCGAGAUCUUCUUUUCCCAGAUCUUCGGUACCCUCAUGGGUGUCCCCAUAAACUAUGCCGUUAUCCGCUGGGUUAUGGAUACGAAGGGCGACUAUUUGACAGGCGCAAAGACGGACCCCCUGAACCAGUGGACUGGUCAGAGUUUACACACAUCUAAUACUAUGGGUGUGCAAUAUGCAGUCCUUGGUCCCAAACGACUUUUUGCUGAAGCUGAGAUGAAGCCCCUGCCGUGGUCUUUUCUCGUGGGUGCCGUCAUUCCACCGAUCCUCUUUGUGUUCCAUCGCUUCUUCCCCAAAUUGCGCAUUGAGCUUUGGAAUGUCAGUAUCUUCUUCGGUGGCCUGGCGAUGUUCUACGGAAAUGUCAGUACCGGUUAUACCUCAGCCAUCAUCGGCGGCUAUGUUGUUAUGUACUGGGCAUAUCGGCGUCACUUUGAAGUGUGGAAGCGGUACAACUAUCUAGUUGCCGCUGCAUUUGAUGCUGGCUUCAACCUCAACAUGCUGCUUAUCUUCUUCUUCUUUGGAGCAGGCAAACAAGUGUCAAUGCCAAACUGGUGGGGGAAUAAUGCGCAGUCGGUGGAAAGAUGCUUCGCUUUGGAAUAA